AUGAUCUUCAAUGCUGAUGAGGCCCACAACAUAGUUAAGGAGUGCAUAGAAAGUGUUUUAGGCAAGGCAGAUUAUAAUCACAACAAAGUCAACCAGUGGACUGCUGCUAUAGUAGAACAGUCGCUGACACAUCUGGUCAAACUCGGAAAAACGUAUAAGUACAUCGUAACCUGUGCAGUGAUGCAGAGGAGUGGAGCUGGUCUUCACACAGCAAGCUCGUGCUUCUGGGAUACCACAACUGAUGGAACCUGCACAGUGAGAUGGGAAAACCGAACAAUGAACUGCAUUGUCAAUGUGUUUGCUGUUGCUAUUAUCCUGUAGCUGACUGGAAGAUAAACACAAGCAACACCGAAGCCUUUAAAAACAAAAAAUCAUCCAAACACAUGGCUAAAUAUUUCAAACCGUUAUUUGUUUUUGUAUGAGAAGCAUACAGAAGUUCUCUACAGAGAGCAUACAGUCUAAGCCAGUUCUCAUAGAUCAAUUAUCUGAAAGGUAGCAAAAAAAUUUAAAAUAUAUAUGCAUCUAUCUAAAGAGAAAGUUUUAGUAAUUUAAAUAUUCAGAAGUAUGUUAAUGAGAAGAUGCCACAAAGAUCAAUACAAUUUAUAUCAAAGCUAAUAUCAAAGAUACCUUAUGCAAGAGGAUCAAAACACAUCAAAUCAAAGGAAAGGUCAAAGGGCAAGCAAGACCUCUCAGGAUUAUGAUGCAUUUGAGAAUAAAUUAUGAACACAAGUCAGAGUGGAUAUACUGUAAACAAUACUGGUGCUUCAUGUUUGAUUAAACAGAGCUAACUGUCACAUUGAAUGCUGGUGCUUGUGAAAUUGCAUGAGUAUCAGAUUUCGAUCAAGCAUGAACAUUUACAUUGAAAUUAAAUCCAGUUAAGCUUUUCCCCUGAAGGCAGAGGACGACUUUACUGGGACAAAGGUGAAAUAUACCUGGUACUAGCAGAAUUCUAAUUUAUCUUCAGAAUGAAGAACAGAAUAUUUGUUAUUGAUUCAGGGAAACAUGCUGGGGAUCAGACAUGAGCCCUUCAUUCAUAGUUUAUAAAUCUGAAAACAUUCUGAAGGUACUUAAAUUUGAUUUUAUUCCAUGACUGCGGAAUUUGUGAUGAGCACUUUAUUGAUUACUCAUGCAGUAGUCAGGAGCUAGGGCAAUAAGCCUGGACCCACAUUACUCCAAGUAGGAUUAAAGUGUUCGGAGGGAAGGCACACACAUUUCUAGAGGCUCUUGUUAACUUUGAAAGCAUUUAACUUAAAGCCACAUAUCUGUUCUUUAUAGGAGUGUUUCCUACAUUCCGUAAGUCUAGAAUUGGAUCUUAGUCCUAUGAAAUAAUACAGUUAAGUUUUAAGCACUAAGAAUUGCCCUCCUGUAAAGAUUUAUGUGAGUUCUUAACUUUGCUCAUCUGAUGAGUCUUAACUUGAACUAUUCCAUGUGGAAGAAAAGC